ACCGAAAAAUAACAUAACGAAACAAUUGACAAUUCAGAGACGAAAUCACAAAAGGAGUGUCGUAAGCACUAGGCCCGGCAUGCCACACUACUUGCACAGAUGCACCAUUGAUUGAGGCAUUGAGCCAUUGACCAUUGUGUUGCCAAACCAUUAAACCAAUAUUCUAGUCCUCCACGUUCGUCUCUUUCUUCUCAUACUACCUUCCUUCCAUCUUUCCCAAAUUUCCAUGAAACCGGCCAUAUUCCAGCCCCCUCAUCCACCAAACUUCAAGAUUCCUCAACCUCCAUCCCAUUUUUAUAUUAUCCCAACUCACAAAGAAUCUCCUUUCCCAGUUUUUCUUCUCUUUUCUCCCUCUUUCCAACUCCUUCCCUCCUCCUCCUCCUCCUCCUCCUCCUCCUUCCUCCCUUUCAUUGCUGCGAUCACACUUUUGAAGCUACGACAACCAUCCCUCCUUUUCUGGGUACUCGCCAUUUUCAUCCUUCUCAAGGUAUUCCCCCUUUCCCUAGUCCCCCAUUUAAUUGUUACUGGGCAAUCUCAAAAUUUCAAUUGCACAUUAUUAGUAUAAUUUAGACCUGUUUUGGGUAGUUUUGAUGUCGAACUGAAAAGGGUAUUUGGAAAUUUUGAAGGUUAAUUUGUGGGAAGGCAAUUGGGAGGGAAGGGUGCUCAGAUCUAUUUUGGAUCGUCCCUUCCCAUGGCUUAUUAUAGUUGGGUGUUUCUUGGGUUUUUAAAACCCCUUUUUAUGUGCCUUAUAGUUUUGCAUCUAUGCUGUGUUUCUGUAUUUGGUUCUUCUGAUUCAACAUGCUCAAAUGACACCUCUUUGGCCGGUUUUCGGUCCGAGUUUAUGAUGCUUCAACAUCAAUUGAGAGGGGUUUUUACCAUACUUGAUAAUUGUUCAUUUAGGGUUAGUGAAUUUGAUAUGCUCCCUGGGUCUGAUCAUGUGCGUUGGUGGGGUGCUGUAGGUGAUAAUUUUGUUAAUUUGACAAAUGGGUUUAUCAUUUCUGAUGAGAAUUUGGAUAGGACUUAUAAUAAUGAUAGCUUUGUUGUUCAUUUGAGAAGUAAUGUUAGUUGGGAUCAGAUUAAAGUAGUUGCUGUUUGGGAUUCUCCCACUGCCUCUGAUUUUGGGCAUGUUGUACUUCAUAACUUGGUUAAUGGUUUGGAGAUUUCGGCCCCUCCAGCACCUGCACCAGUUAGUGAUAGUAGUAGUAAUAAUGCAACAAAUGUGAAGAAAUGGCGGUAUGAACAGCCUACGAUGUUCGAGAACUGUAAGAUUUUGUCACCUAAGUAUAGGGUUCGGUGGACCUUGAGAGAAGAUGAUAAUGUGAUUGAUAUUGGUUUGGAGGCAGUGACUGGGAUUCAGAAUUAUAUGGCAUUUGGGUGGGCAAAUCCUAAGGCUUCUUCAGGGUACAUGCUUCUUGCUGAUGUUGCUGUUACAGGGUUUACCGAGGAGGGUAUGCCCUUUGCGGAGGAUUACUAUAUUACGGACUAUAGUGAGUGUUCAGUAGAUGAGAAUCAUGUUGCUCGCGGCGUUUGUCCUGAUUCACUGUAUAAUGGGUCUGAUUCAGUGAAUGAUACACAUUUAGUUUAUGGCCAUCGAAAAGAUGGUGUAUCUUUCAUCCGGUACCAGCGGCCACUAAAAGCAAACGACCCAAAGAAUGAUGUCCCAGUGAAUCAAAUGGAGAAUGCGACUGUGAUUUGGGCAUUGGGUAGGAUUAAGCCACCAGAUUAUCUCCGACCUUACUCUCUUCCCCAGAACCAUGGGGGCCCUCAGUUUGAGACCUAUGGAUAUUUACUUCUAAAUGUUUCAGAGCAUAUAAACGAUUGUAUGGGGCCUCUCGAUGCAGUGGACAAGGAAGAUCAAGAUCUUGUCAUUGCAGAUGCUAAUGCGCCUCUUCUUGUUACUUCGGGGACUGCUUUGCAUUACCCAAAUCCUCCAAACCCCUCUAAGGUUCUCUACAUCAACAAGAAAGAAGCUCCGCUGUUGAGAGUGGAGAGAGGUGUUCAAGUUAAGUUUUCUGUGCAAGCUGGGCAUGAUGUACCCUUUUACAUAACAUCUGACCCAUUAGGUGGAAAUGCUACAGAGAGGAAUAUUUCAGAGACUAUAUAUGCUGGUAGAGUUGAAGUUGAAGGAGUUCCAGCAAGUCCAAAGGAAUUAGUUUGGACACCUCACAGGAACACUCCAGAUCUUGUUUAUUAUCAAUCAGCGUAUGAGCAGAAAAUGGGUUGGAAGGUUCAAGUGGUUGAUGGGGGAUUAUCAGACAUGUAUAACAACAGUGUUGUUUUGGAUGACCAGCAAGCUAGUUUCUUUUGGACCUUGUCUGAAAACUCUAUUUCUAUUGCAGCUCGGGGUGAGAGAAAAAGUGGAUAUCUUGCUAUUGGUUUUGGUAGUGAAAUGGUGAAUAGUUUUGCUUAUGUCGGUUGGUUUGAUGGUGAUGUGAAAGGUCGGGUUGAUACCUAUUGGAUUGAUGGCAGAGGCGCCUCUGAUGUCCACCCAACAAAGGAGAAUCUAACAUAUGUGAGAUGCAAAUCUGAGAAUGGUGUCAUCACUUUGGAGUUUACUCGUCCCCUUAAUCCAUCAUGCCCCAAGAAGGAUGAAAGGCCUGAAUGCAAAAACAUCAUAGAUCCAACUACUCCUCUGAAAGUCAUCUGGGCAGUGGGUUCUACAUGGUCCAGUGACCCUUUGACCGAGAAAAACAUGCAUUCUGCUCACAGCAGUCGCCCUGUCAGGGUGAUGCUGAAUCGUGGUUCAGCAGAAGUAGAGCAGGACUUGAGACCGGUGUUAGCUGUCCAUGGAUUUAUGAUGUUUCUUGCAUGGGGCAUUUUGCUUCCUGCUGGGGUACUCACUGCGAGAUAUCUGAAACAUAUGAAAGGUGAUGGUUGGUACAAAGUCCAUGUUUAUUUGCAGUAUUCAGGGUUGGCAAUUGUCCUGCUUGGAUUUCUCUUUGCAGUUGCCGAGCUGAAAGGCUUGUUUAUGACCUCCUUACACGUGAAGCUUGGGAUGGCUGGUGUUGUUUUGGCCUGUUUUCAACCCAUUAAUGCCUCAUUAAGGCCAAAGAAAGCAUCCAAUGGUGAAUCUCCAUCUUUGAAAAGAGUAAUUUGGGAAUACUCUCACGUAAUCAUUGGCAGAUCAGCCAUCAUGAUAGGGAUGGCUGCCCUUUUGACAGGAAUGAAACAUUUAGGAGAAAGGUAUGAAGAGGAUGUCAGAAGGCUUACGUGGGCUCUGAUAUGCUGGUUUUUGUUUGGUGGAGUGACCAUCCUAUAUUUGGAGUACCGGGAAAAGCAACAUGGUGAUAGAAGCUCAGGAAGAGGCAAGUGGGUUCUGGGUAAUGUAGAAGAUGAUUCUGCUGAUCUCUUGAGCCCUACUGGCACGUAUGCUGAGAAAGAGGCUCAUCUAUCAGACAGAAUGGAAGUUCAGUUGGAGCCCUUGAACAGAUAGCUUUUAAGAGACUCACAUUUUUUCAUGUUUAUACAGACUUGUACUCAAUUUUGCAUUUUUGUCAAUUAGAUCCAAAGAAAGAAAAAAGAGGAAAAUGGCUUUGCGAUAUAGGACUAUAGGUGAAAAUAGCGACUUCAUUUGGAGUGAAAGGAAAUUUUACUUGUCAAAUUCUCAUGAACCAUGAUGUAUACUAAUUUCGAUUUUUGUUCUGGAUACUUAUGUUAAAAAAUCACUGGCUCUCUUA